AUGCUCAGUCUGAUCCGGCCCGACGACAACCUGCGAAUGGCGGUGCGACUGGAGAGCGCCCACGUGGGCCGGAGUCGCUACCUGGUGGUUGCGGCGUCGCCAGCGGCCGACGAGUGCUGCCUUCUGGGCAUCGACUGCCAGCGCCGCACCACCAUCGGCCUGGUGCACCGGCUGCUGGCCGAGACGGAGAUCUCGCUCGACGGAGACGGGGGGAUCGUGGUGCGUACGGCCGGCGACAGCCAUAUCUUCAAGCCCGUCUCCGUGCAGGCCAUGUGUGGUGCCGCGGCCGCUCAGCCGACCCGACUGGGUCAGCCCGACGAGCGGCUCGUCGCCUCCGACCAGUCGUGCCUCAAUGAGUGGCACGCCAUGGAGGACAUCGAGUCGCGCCGGCCGCCUUCGCCCGAAGCCGCCGUAGCAGGUCAGCCAUCGGAGAAGGAGGAGACGCAGCGCGUGAUCCGCGCCCGGCUCCGAGAGAUCAUGCUCAGCGUCGACCUGGAUCAGGUCACCUCCAAGGAGCUGCGCACGCGCCUCGAGGACGAGAUGGAGUGCAGCCUCAAGGAGUUCAAGGGCUUCAUCGACGCCGAGAUGCUAGUCAUCAUGGGCCAGAUGGACCACGCGUCGCGCAUCUUCGACCACCUCUACCUGGGCUCGGAGUGGAACGCCUCGGACAUCGAGGAGCUCAAACGGAACGGGAUCGGCCACAUCGUGAACGUGACGCGCGAGAUCGACAACUUCUUCCCGGGCCGCUUCCAGUACCUGAACGUGCGUGUGUACGACGAGGAGGCCACAGAGCUGCUCAAGCACUGGGACAAGACGUUCAAGUUUAUCGCCAAGGCCAAGAGCGAGGGCUCCCGGGUGCUGGUCCACUGCCGGAUGGGCGUGAGCCGGUCGGCCGCCGUCGUCAUGGCCUACGCCAUGAAGGCGUACGGCUGGAGCUACGAGAAGGCCUUCAAAUACGUGAAGCGGAGUCGCGGCUGUGUCAAACCCAACGCAAGCUUUCUUAGACAAUUAGAAACCUAUCAGCGACACAACUCGCUCUGGCGCUCCAAGUCGGAGACGAACCUGCAGAGCGGUCGGCUCUCGUCGCCGGUGUUGCCGCCUGGCGAGGAGACGGGCGACGCUACCGACAUCAGCGCCGCCUGCCGGCCUGACUCGCCGGCGGCCGAUGCCUCGUCGCGGCCAAAGUCCUGGUCGCCGGCCGACAACGUGGCUGAUUGCGCUGCUCGCGCAGAUGAACGCGCAACGCGCCUGCACGGCAAGACGCACCCGCUCGCCAAGCUGGACGUGCGGACGCGGCACGUCAGCUCGGUGUUCAACACCUAUACUAGCAGCAUCACGUAG